AUUGAAAGUAAAAAAGCUGAUGACAAAUAUUGUUAUUUCCCGCGAAGCUUAGCGUCUCUUAUCUGUUCUUGGAAGGGCUUGGACUCGAUUGGAAGAGGAUGGCUGAAGAUACGCCGCCUUCUUGCUCUUCGGAUUCCGCCAUUCUCCGCCUUCAUCAGCUUCUUGCCUCAUGCUCUCUGUCGAUUGAAGCCGGAGAUUACAGCGGAUCCGACCGAUCAGUGUCGGAGCUAGUCGAUUUUCUUAACCCCGUUUCUGAUUCUACCGCGCGUGAAGCCGAUGAUGAAGACGCCGAGAGAAAAGCCUUCAGAAUUCUUACUGAAAUUCAUAGAUGCAUGACCUCGCCUUCUCUCAGCCAGGAAGUGGUGGAAACACUGUCAUUUGAGUUGCCGAAAUCAGUGUGUAGAGUUGCUUGCGCAUCGAAGAGGUGUUCCGAUCUUGCGGAAUGUUUUAUUGACAGUUUGCUUGAGAAGUGCAGUCCGCGCGAGAUGCUUUCAAUUCUUUGUGAUGCAUUAAGUUCUCCAGACAAGCAGUUCAGGACUACUCUCUAUUAUGCACCUCUUCUAAGUGGGAUUGCAAAAGUUCUAUUGCGCAUCCAGCGACGGCAAUUCCAGCAAGUAAAAUCUGCAGUUCCCGUCAUUCUUCGCAUUUUAAAUCACACGACAUUGGAGAUGGAUGAUGAAGAUCCCGAUGCUGAUUAUGGCACUUUGUUUUUCAAAGCAAUUGACAUUGCAAAUUCCAUUCAGGCUGUCUGUGAAAAGUUGACAGAUAAGCAAAAGUUGCAGGCCUUUUUUGGUCUUUUCAUCUUGCAGCUGAUGGCACUUGUUUCAAUAGAUUCAAGGGCUAGGACAUCACACUUUUUGCCCAUUGUGAUCCAUUUAUCACACUUCCUUCACUUAUGUGGUUUUUCAUAUAUUGGCCUAAUUACUGGUUUUGAUGUCGAUAGGAUCUCAAACAUGAUGGUUCAAGGUGAGUAAUAGGCCAUCUGUCCUAUUGAUUGAAUGUUAGAGAAGCUAAAGAAUGCAUUUAGACUGAAAGUGCAUGGCUUGAUUAGAAAUUGUAUCAUUGUUCAUUUAUCCACUAAAUCCUCUUGAGCAUUGUGCAGAUGUCGGAGAAGAUGAUUUAACUCAAUGUACUCAUGUGAAACAUGGUGCAUCACUGGCAGGUUUAUGAACACAUUGCCAGUUAUUUAUGUAUCUGAUAAUUGACGUUUGAAGACUCAUUAUAUCUUUUUCUACUGAGAUAAUGGUACAGUAAUUUGGGGUUACAAGUUUGACGAGGCAGCUGUGGCUGCUGCAGAAGAUGUAGCUGCGGUUAAAAAAGAACUUCAAAAUAACCCAACUAAGAGAUGGCAGACAGUGGGCAUGCUAAAGCAUGUCUUUUCAUGUGCUCCACUUUCGUGGGAUUUGAGGACACAUGCUCUUGAUUUCUUACAUAGCAUUAUGGAUGAAUGUGAAUGUAAUAAAGCACACAAUGAACAACUUGAUUGCUUCUCAUAUAUAACCUCUCUUCAUGCUGGAUUGUCGGUAAUUCUUAUGCUCUCUACUUAUUUUCUCUUAGUUAUUCCCUAACAUAUGAAAUGCAUUGUCAGGCAAUUCAAUUGAUAAUUAUGCAUGCACCAAGCGCGGUUAUACGGAAGAGUGCUUAUGAUGCAUUCAACAAGGUCAUAUUUUGUGUUCUUAGAAAUAUGAAGCUAUAUCCUCUUUCCAUAAAAGCGGUUUGCAAUG